CUAAUAGCAAAUCAUGUAGGUUGUCUUGUCACAUCGCCUUUGCCGAGCAGUGUGUGGUGCAUCUUCAAAGUUCAAUAUGGAUAUGGGUGUGACGGUGGUGCGACGACCACCAACUGCCGCCGCCAGUAAGCACCCUAUCAUAUUCUCUCCGAUCGCCGCAGCUGACAAACCUGGCCUUCGCAUACCAUACCGCCACCCGAGAGCAGCGACGCCGAUCAGCAUAUCUCGAGCAUCGGAUCCCAAACGAGAGGCUCCGAAUCCCGAAUCGGGUCGCCGACGAAACCCUGCCUUCGUUCCCCAGGAGGAUUUGGAGUAUUUGGUGAAAUUGGGUGCCGGAUCGGUGGUGGCCGCAGCUGCAAUCAAGUACGGAAGCAUAGUGUUUCCGGCGGCCACUAGCCCUAAUUUAGCCGAAGCCACGGCCAUCAUCACUGCUCCGGUCAUUGUUGCCAUCGCGUUGCUCAUCAAGCAGAGUCGAGCCCAUUAGGGGUGGCAUUGGGAGUGGGGUGGGUUUGGUUUUGACGGUUCGAUUUUUACCCAAAAUGGAAGGUAAGUUGGUGGUUCGGUUCGGUUCGGUUUUGCAUUAAAAAUAUGUAAACCGUUGGUUAUUCGGUUCGGUUUUAAGCGGUUUUAUUUUGAUUUUUUUCGGUUUUUUCGGUUUUUAAAAGUAAAUACUUAUAAACAUUAAAAAUUGUAUAAAUACGAACUCGACGAAGCAAUAACAAUUCGUAAGUUUGGGUUUGGUUUUUUGCUUGAAUUUUACACACAAAAAAAGCCGAGCGGAAGGGUAGUGUUUUAUUCGGUUCAAUUUUACAUACAAAAUAUUCCAGGGUAUGUGUCAAGUGCUUAACAAACAUCUAGGAGAUUCCAAAUAAUCCUAAAGAUAUCGUAUCUAAAAUCAACUACAAAGAAUUUA